AUGGCUACUAUAACAGUAUCUACAGAAAUAAUUUGUCCAGAUUGUGGUAAACGAAUGACAAAAAAGAAUUGGAAAGAUCACGCUCGUCACAAACAUACAAUGACUGAAGAUAGUAUUCAAACAAAAUACGAACGAUUACAAUUAUCAUUCUGUUCGUCAUAUGAUAAGCCCAUACCUAUUGUUAUGCAUAAUUUUUUUUCAACAAAAGAAUUUGCUAUAACAGUAUCAAAUUCUGAACAACAAAAUCUAAACGAUAGUGUUUGCCCCAGUGAAACUAUUAUUAUUAAUAAUCAAAUUGGCAUUUUGACUAACUCUGGAAAUGAAUCAAGUUCGAAAGAUGAUACAACGAGUGGAAACGAGAAGAUAUCAGUGUUUACGACUGCGGAAGGUGAUAAUCGAAAUAAAUUGGACGAAAAUAACACUUUCAAUAAUGGUUCUCGUUUCUCACAAGAUCAUCAAGAAAUAAUUAUUGAAGAUAAUGAAUCCUCGUUAACCUCGGAUUCAAACACGACUGACAAUUAUGAAGCUGAAAGUAAUUAUGAUCAACCUUCAGUAUCAUUACAAUCAACUGCUAGUACAAUAUCGAAUUUAUCAGAUAAUGUUAUUAUAUCAAUUAAAGGUGUUAGAUUUAUAAAUGCUCCUGAAAUGACUUUUGUUCAGGCACAUCGUGCUAAUUAUCCGCAUAUAGUAUCGAGUACAAAUAAUAAGUUACCAUCUGUUAAACCAAUUCCAACAUGGUUUUCAAAUGAAUAUCCAUGGCUCCGUGCCAUUCAUACAGAUAAUCAAUAUGGCUUUUUAUGCGUUGAUUGUGCUGAAUUCGCAUCAAGUGAAAUGGUGAUUAAAAGAAAUAACGAUGCAUUUGUUGUAAGACCAUAUUGGAAAUUAAAGCACAAAGGGCUAGAAGAGAAUAUUUCCUCAACAACUCAUCCAUGUGGACUUGUCGUUGGCCCAACUGCAUCUUAUCUUUGCUGCAGUCCUGAUGCUACAGUUGCUGAAGUUGUCAACAAUAUCAUCUCUUAUGGUAUUCUUGAAUGUAAUUGCGUUUAUGCCGAACCAGAUGCAACUUGGGAUGAUCUUAUUUCAGCUCGUGAACAUUUGUGUCUCGAACGGAAAGAUGAUAAGCUUCAACUGCGUUCUGAUCAUGCAUACUACUUUCAACUAAUCGCUCUCUUGGAUAUACUCGAUUUAACUUGA